AACAGAUCUGCUCAUAUGACUGUUUGUUACUGAGGUGAAGAAAAACAGCUGCACUGCUCGUUUGUUUUUGUCGCCGGCUGGGAUGUGACACAACAUCUCCGGUUUUGAGUUUCUACUCCCCCAACGACGAAUGUUAAUUAAGUGUUUCUGAUUUUUAAAUCCUUCACAAGAUUUGCUCGACACCAUGACUCACUGACAUCCUUUUAUAAACACUGAGUAUCUUACGGGUCAGCCGGCCGCCAUGCCGUCACCAAGUCGCUACUCCAUCAACGAAGCGUCUUCGGACGGGAGCGAGGACAGCGAGCCGCUCAUCCAGAACAAUGCAGUUCCUCGUCAGUGCUGCUCGGCCCGACUCAACCUCGCCAUCCUCAUGUUCUUCGGCUUCAGCGUCGUCUACGGUCUCCGGGUCAACCUCAGCGUCGCCAUGGUAGCGAUGGUCAACACGACGGACCCCCAGCCGACUGACAACACCUCAGUCGUCCACGCUUGUCCCCUGCCGUCGGGAGAAGACAACGCCAGCCAGAAUUUCCAGCAUCCUGAUGGGACCCCUCAGUAUCCCUGGGACUCGGAGACUCAGGGCUGGCUGCUGGGGGCCUUCUUCUUCGGAUACCUGUGCACCCAGAUCCUGGGCGGAUACCUGGCCGGUCACUAUGGGGGGAAAAUCUUCCUGGGUCUGGGGGUGCUGGGCACGGCGGCCCUCACCCUCCUCACCCCUCUGGCUGCACAGUGGGGGUCCUACUGGCUGUUUGGACUGCGAGCAUUGGAGGGUUUUGGAGAGGGCGUGACGUUCCCGGCCAUGAUGUCGAUGUGGGCUCGCUGGGCUCCUCCUCUGGAGCGUUCCCGCCUCAUGACCCUGUCGGGCUCCGGGGCCAACUUCGGGGCCUUCGUGGCGCUGCCGCUCACCGGCUACAUCUGCCAGACGCUGGGUUGGCCGGCUGUCUUCUACCUCUGCGGGGGCGCUGGAUGCCUCUGGUCAUUCUUUUGGUUCAUGUUUGUGUCGGACGACCCUCGAACUCACCCUCGAAUCAGUGAAGAGGAGAGAGAUUACAUCGUCAACUCCAUCGGAUCUCAGGGCACAGGUCACGGCUGGUCCGUCCCCGUGCUGUCCAUGCUGCUGUCCGUCCCUCUGUGGACCAUAAUCGUCACCCAGAUGUGUUCAAACUGGUCCUACUACACCCUGCUCACCUCCCUGCCCACGUACAUGGACACCAUCCUGCACUUUGACCUGCAGUCGAACUCGUUCCUGUCCGCCCUGCCGUACCUCGGCGCCUGGCUGGCCUCCACGCUGUCGGGUGUCGCUGCGGACGCUCUGAUCGAGAGGAGAGUGUUCAGCGUCACCGUCGUACGAAAGAUCUUCACCACCACAGGUCUGAUGCUGCCGGCAGCUUUCCUCGUCGCCGUGGGUUACGCCGGCUGCAGCCACAUCCUCACCGUCACCUUCCUCACGCUUUCCACCACCGCCGGAGGAACCAGCGCCCCCGGGGUCUACAUCAACCAGAUAGACAUCGCUCCUCGGUACGCAGGAUUCCUUCUGGGGAUCACCAACACAUUCGGGACCAUUCCAGGCGUCGUGGCGCCGAUUGUGACCGGAUACUUUACUGAAAAGCACACCCUGGAGGGCUGGAGAAAUGUGUUCUGGGUCGCUGCAGGGAUCAACGCCAGCGGUGCCCUCGUCUACAUGAUAUUCGGCAGCGGGAAGAUCCAACCGUGGGCCGUAGCUGAGGAGGAGAAACCAGAAGGCGAGAGGAGGAGGAGGAGGAGGAGCUCACAAUCAGACAGCAGCUGAAGAGGCACAGGAGCAGUGGUAGCCGACGCAACGUGGAUUUACGUGGAGACACAUUUUUAGACUUCUACCUCUGAAAAUUGACUUAGAUUUUUUUUAAUUGAUGCAGUAUUCACACAUGAAGAGUUAUGAACAUUUACGGAACGGGACCAGAACAGCAGAAAACGCUGGUUUCCCUCACGUGUCUGCAGUGUUUUUAUCCAUUAACAUGUAAAACUGUUUGUCGUCUUGGAGAGAGUUUCUACUCAGGUGAGAUUCUGCACUUGUUUUUACAAUAAUUCCAGUCACCAAUAAGACAUUGUAGACCAGUUUUAUACGUCAAAAUGUCAUUUAUACACGUUUCACCCUUUUGAAUUCUGAUAUUGUUUGAAAUUACAAAGUUCAAAUGGUGUACAACCGCUUCAGGCUGCCAACACAGCAACAAUAACAGUUCCUUAGUUUUUUAAUAGAAGAGUUUACACAGCCAAAUGGUACUUUUUUUAGCUUCUCUGUUGCUGCACGUGGUUUUCACUGCAAGAGACCAACGAUUUUAACAUUUUUAAUGCAAAAAAAAAUAUACAGAAUGUGAAGAUGUUGUCGCUACUUCCAGAUAGACUGCCUUCAACAAUCAGGAAAUACGUUUACCGAAGACAAAAAGCAACUCUUUGUGUUUAGCUCAUGUUUCCAUCAUAAACAGUGAGAUUUUGCAGUAUUGAACGCAUACAGUUCCUCAGGUGAAACCAAAACAAGCCAGCAUAUGUUUUAUUGUACGUUUAGUUGUGUUCGGUGUGUUUUCAGGCCUUUCUUUUGUUUUUUUGGGAGGAGGGGGGAUCUUAGGUUUUAUGAAGAAACUUUCACGACACCAAAUGGCCUUCAGCUGCUUUUGUUCUUGUUCUCUGAGCACUUUUAUUCACACCUACGGAGGCACUUUUCACCCACAGAAAUGCACCAAAUGCCUUAUUUUUGAUAACAGCAAAAAUAACUCAUCCAUUCACUGGACUUAAAGCACCUUGGACUGCCAGCAUUUAAACACUUUCUUAUGCCACGACUCUGUUCUGAGUGAAUUUGUAGCAUUUUUUUAAUCGUAUAUAUGAGCUCAUUUCACCGUCUAAACGUUGUCUUUGUUAUUUUUCCGACUGCAAUAAUUCUUGUUUUUAUAACACGUAGGGAAUCCGAUCAUCUGUCAGCUCAUGCAGUUCAUCAAAGAGCACUGUGAUUGUAAAGUUACGAUGUUUGUAAAUGGAUUGAAUAAUUUAUUUACCCUCCCCGUGCUUUGAGAGUCGACAGUUUUAUUGCGACAAGAUGUUGUUUUUCUAUAAUGAAAUAAAACGAGUGGCAUUUAAAA